ACUUUUUGCACUUUGUGUAUUCUGCGAAGACAAUAUUAACUGUAAAAGAGGUUAAUUUAAAUUAAAAAAAAUGAGUGUUCAAUGGACAUUUAUCGCUGGUGUUUUAUACGUUCAGUUAGCUGUAGUAUUUAUAUUGUUAUUACCAUGGAUUAAACCAUCACGGUGGCAAAGCAUAUUUCGAUCUGGUAUUUUAGCUAAAAUAGGAAGUUAUAGUCAUAUAUAUUUUAAUGUAUUUAUAGUUAUCUUGGUUAUUCUUUUUGCUGACUCUAUAAGAGAAGUAAGGAAGUUUUCAGCACCAAUUGAAGUUGAUCUCAACCACCAUCCUGAUGCUGAGACUAAGAAUUUAAUGAGACUCUUCCGUGCCCAAAGAAACUUUUAUAUUGCUGGAUUUGCCUUAUUUCUGUGGUUCAUCAUUAGAAGACUAAUUACAUUAAUUGCUAAUCAAGCUAGAAUAGAAGCUGAAUGUGAGGCUAGUCGUAAACAAGCUAGUAGUGCUUCUCAAGCAGCUCAACGUCUGUUAGAUGAUUCAGAAAAUAUAACAAAUAAGNNGAAGGAAUCUACAACUGGUGGUGAUGAUGUAGGUACACAGAAAGAAUUAAAUGAAGUUAAACAAGAACUUAAAACUACUAAAGAAGAAUUAAAGCAUGCUGAGAUGAAUUUAAAAUCUAUGAAGAAACAAGCUGAAUCAACUAAUAUAGAAUAUGACAGGUUAUUGAAAGAACAUGCUACACUCCAGGAGAAAUUAGAAGGUCUACAAGGUUCAGGUGGAAAGAAAGAUAAAUAAAAAGAAAAAGUUUCAAAAUGUGUGAACCCUCUUAAGAUAUUGAAUAUAUUUUAUAGAACUGUUUAUGUUUUAAAUAUCCUUCAUUUUAGUCCUCCUCUCUAUUCUCUUCUAAUUGUAGUUAUCUUAGGAGUUUUAAUUUCAUUUCAUGUAUUCUAAUUAUAAUAUCUAUAUAUAUUUCAUUAUCUGUAUCCUCAGUUUCAGUAGAGUCACUCAUUCAAUGUAGAUGUUGACUGACAUAUUUGGUUCCGCAUUUAACAUGAGUCAAGUUCUUAAAAUUAUUUUGUCUUUGAAAAAUAGUUCAAGUAAACUUUGUUAUCUAAUAAUGAUAAUGAUAGCCUCGAAUCAGAUACAGUUGAACUGCUUAUAUAUUAAUAAUUAAUAUUAAAUAAUAUUUAUAAUGUAAUAAUUAGUAUUUGCCAUCUGGCUGUGUGUUACUUGGAACUGACAUUAUAUUUCUGGUAACAUGUGAUGAUGACAUAGUUCAACAUAGUGUCAAUAUACAAGUAUAAAUACCAUAUUCAAGUAUUAUUGGACUUAUCUUAUUGCAAGGGCAAUAUGACAUAUUUCAUAUCUAAAUGGAUAUAUUCCUGCUAAGAACUGGGCAUUAUACAUUUGUCCAAACUGGUUGAGAUGUAAUUAAAAUUAUGUCAAGUACAUGUUACAACAAAACAGGUAUUUAUUUGGCUUGGUUUGCUCACAUAAACUAUUUUAUUUUGACUCUCUAUUUUUGCUGCUGUAUUUUGUUUAAAGGGACAGGUGUGCCAUUUUGGUGGUUGAUUUAAGUCUUGAAAAUAUGAAAAUAGUCUUCAGAAGUACUAGAAUUAUACAAAAACAUCUCAAACUAGGAAUUUUACUC